AUGCCCUCAAUCAUAUCCCUCCUCUCGCUCCCCAAGAAGAAAAAAAACCUGACCCCAAAAUUCCAAGCCCUAGUCUCCCUCGCCAUAGACGCAUCGUCCACACAUUUAUACGUCCCGGGAAUGCACCAACAAAUUUCCGCCGCGGCAGCGUUGGGCGCGACGAAGAUUGAAGUGUUGGAAGUGUUGGAGUUGACGAGUACGUUGGGGAUUCAUGCGGCGAAUAUUGGGGUUCCGAUUUUGGUGGAUGUGUUGAGGGAGGAGGGGAUGGAGAAUGUGACUGCUGGGAAUGAGGAUGAUGGUGGAAGAAGGUUGGAAUUGAAGAGAUUGUUUGAGAAGAAACGUGGGUAUUGGCAUACUUUCUGGGAUGAUAUAUUACGCUUGGAUCCCGGGUUAUUCGAGGCUUAUACCGCGUUCUCGAGUGUUCCUUGGGAGAGGAAGGAAGGGGGGUUAAGUCCUAUGGAGAAAGAAUUAAUUUAUUGUGCCUUCGAUGCUGCCGCCACGCAUUUGUAUGUUUCGGGUUUGAAGGAACAUAUGAGGAAUGCUUUGAAGUAUGGGGCGAGUGUGGGACAGAUUUUGGAGGUUUUGGAGUUGGCGAUGCCGUUGAGUUUUCAUACGUUGAACGUUGGUGCGCCGAUUGUUGCGGAGGUUUUUAAGGAAUGAUAGAUCUUGUCAAGCGCAACACAUUCGUCAUCGAAAUGGUGUCUCGUUAUUACCCUUUUGGAGUUGUUCCUCUCUUUGAAUCUUCUCGCAUUAUUUCCGGACGUCCGAUCGAUGCUUGUUCAGCUUGUGAUACCCACGUUCUCCACACCCACAUAUCCACACCUCCACACUCCGCAUGAAUCCGGAGUAGAGCACUCCCAUCUGCCGAGAACCAGCAAUGCCUCCUCUUUUCGAGGGCAAACUCGUGAAGCAUGGUGCAUGAUGAAGGGACAUGAUCGUUGUUGAUUACGACGCAGACGGUCAUGAAUGCUACGCCCCAUCAUCUGCGGAGGCAUGUGGAGUACACAGAUCGGCAAGUGAGGAAGUUGAGCCGUGAAUGUGGGCGUACCGUAGCAGAAAAGGUCACAAUCCAUGUGUGCAUGUAGAGGUAUUUGUGCACGCUGUGAGUCCUCAGCAUUACAUUGCGUUAUCGUGUUUCCUGCUUUGUAGUUCAAUUCGUUCACUCCUAGAUCCAAUCCAGCAUGGAGACUUCAACGGUCGGUCCAAUACGAUACGCCGACCCCGAGUACCAGAAAUCUCACGACGGGCUUUUCGCCGGUCGUCCAAGAGGGCCAGUCAAGCAUGUGCUUCCUCCUGGAGUAGACCAAAUAGCGUUUGAAGAAGCAGUCUCGGAGCUGGUGGGAAUUUUGGGAGCAGAAUAUGUCUUCACGGCAGAUGCUUUGUCAGAUUACAUCGACCCUUACGCCACGGU